ACACUCUCUGUUCCUAGAUACCAACAUCUUGGUCUUCUCUACGAGCACUGCUUCUGCUCGGCGCUCACGGCCACCACUUCCCGUAUCACGGCGACGGAGGAGGCACGGAGCUUAGUGGCAGUGGGAUGCCUCAGGUGGACCUGGAGAGCCUGGUGUGCGGCGCGACUGCCGCGGGCGCCGGGGACAGGAAGGUGUCCUGCGAGACCGUCAUCGCCGGCAGCAGCGGUGACGCCUCGCCACGCUGGGUCCCGCCGCCGCAGCCUCCUCCUGACCACGACUUCCCGCCGGAGUCGAUAACCAUCCGCAUCGGCGACGACGACGGCGCGGCGUUCUCGGAGCUGAACCCGAUAUACGAGCGGGACGACUCCACCAAGGGGAGCACCAACCCCAAGUUCGCCGGCGCCUGCUCCUCCAACCCCGUCCCGCUCAAGGCGCGCUCCAACUCCGCGCGCAUCGCGGGCGCCCCGGCGGCCGCCGCCACCACCUUCUUCGGCCUCCCGGUCAAGAUCCGCCCGGCGUUCACCCGGCGCCAGCCGUCGCAGGGCCGGAUCUUGCCCGACAAGCGCUCGGGCGGCGCCGGCGAGGAGCCGCGGUCGCCCAAGGUGUCCUGCAUUGGGAAGGUGCUGUCCGACCGGGAGAGGUACGGGCGGCGGCGGCAACGGAGGUGGUGGCGCGGGGUGGUGUCUGCGUUCCGGUGCAGCGGCGGCUGCGCUUACCGGGGAGUCGGUGGCGCGGGCAAGAAGAUGGCGCUGGAGGAUGACGAGUACGACGGGGAGGAGGAGGAGCCGAGUGUCGCGGCAAUGCGGAGGUUCAAGUCCGGGAGAAGAGCCGAUACGUGGGCACAGGAGGCGAUGGCAGCGGUGGCGGCGGCUUCCGGCGAGACGACGGCGGAGGAGGAGAAGAAGCACGAGACUGAGCAUUGGGCCAGACUACCGGUAAGUUAGGUUGCGGCGAGGGCGGGAAGUGAAUCAGCCAUACAAGCGUGCAUGGUGGUGCCCGCUGUCAGUGACGGCGGCGGGUCUGGGUGUGGUCGCCGAUCGGUGAGCCCAAGAAGCUGUCUCGAUCGGAAGCGAAGGAUGGGCACAGGAUCGGGGUAGGGGUGGUGACCGGUGACUGGCCUAGAAAUGCGAGUUUUGGAAUGAGGAUUUCGGUAGUCUUUUGCUUCUUGGAGCUUUGCGCUUGGGAUCGUUCAACGAACCAGGCUUGUUUCUGUUGUUGCGUGCUGCAGCAGUGCGGCCAAUGAUCGAUGCAUGUACAUACACACCCCGAUAAUAACAAGAA